UUUCAAUAAUUUAAAUUAUUGGGAAAGUAUUAUAGUCCUUGCGAAUAUUGUAGUAAAUUCGUGUAGUUGUCAUUUAUAAUUAUCAUUUGCAGUUUUUUGUAUUCCGCAUAUAUUUGCAAACUACACGAUGACGCAAGUUGAAGAUAUUCAUAAGUAUCUGUCCAAUGAUACCAUAUUCACGAAAAUAAACAGCCUAUUUAUAAGUAUAUCUUCGGAUGACAAAAAGCGUAAUAAUGAGCUCUUGCAAUCGCUUUUUAAGGAAUUAGAAAAGGCUAUGCGAAACCAAUGUCCACUGUUUGAUAAAACAUUUCGAAAAAUUGAAUGGGCUGGUAGUUAUUAUAAAGGAACUCGAGUUGGCCAACCAGAAGAAUAUGAUUUAAAUUUUGUAAUCAAAUUGCCCUUCAAAGAAAAAGAUCUAAAGUUUGACACAGAUCGACCUGGUUUUACUAAAAUAUGCAUUGUUGGAAGAGACAAAAACUCAUACACUACUUUAAAUAUGGAUGCAAAAGCAUAUCGAAAAUUAAAUUCCUUGAUCGACGAUCAAUCAUAUUUGAAUCAACAAAAAUUCCGUACAUGGAUAGAAGGAAUUCUCAGCAAAGUGGCCAAGACUACUAGUGGAAGUAACGAAAUUUUAUUUGAUGGUUAUUUACCAAUAAAGAUAAAAAAAUCAGGACCAGCGUUUACACUUCUAAUCGUACUUUCUGAAAGAAUUAUCAACAUCGAUGUAGUUCCUGUUUUAGCUUUUUCGCCUCGUAUUACUAUGCCACCAAGAUGUUCAAAACGUGACAUAUUACAAUCUGCUUCAGAGAAUAGACGUUGGUCUGCAGUUCCAAAACCAUUAGAUAACAGUAAAGGUUUUAAUGAUUCACAACAUCGCUAUUGGCGAUUAUGUUUUUACGAAUUUGAAAAAGACAUGAUUUGUAACUAUAAUUAUGCGAUUAUGAAGCCUGUAAUACGACAAUUAAAGAAAUUGAGAGAUACUCAAAAAUGGUGCAGCAUCGCAAGUUAUUAUCUUGAAACAUUAUGUUACAAUAAAAAAGAAAUGUUUCAUAUUUCUCAAAAAAAAUCAUAUACUUUAUUAUUCUUCACGAUGUUAGAAGAACUUCGCGAUGUUCUUCGCAAUGGAAAAAUAGAAUUCUAUUGGGACAAAGAUUACAAUUUGCUGGAGAAAAUCGGACCUGAGCAAAUGAGAAAUAUGCAGCAUAGAUUAGAUAAUGUUUUAAAAAGUAUAAGGAAGAACAUAAGAAAUGAUGCGUAUGCAAUAGCUAGAUGGGUUUUAACUAAAAACGAAUUAGACAUUUUGAUAAAUUCGGAAUAUGUAUCGGAACCGGAACCAGAAUCUGAACUUGAAAAUCUAAGUCAAUGGAAUUGCAUGAUUCUUUGACCAAUCAAGGAAGAAAUCAGCAAUGUUGCUAACGCAGCGUAUCAUAGCG